AUGGAUGCCACGGUCAACCUCACAUCAUCAAAAUCAAUCUCAACAAACAUCAACGUCAAAUCCAUCAACCGCACUGACCCAACACGACCAUCUCACCACCAACCAUCCUUCGACUUCCCAUCCACCAAUGCCGGCAAUACCACGCAACAGCGCGACAAGAGCAGGCAGGCCAUCAAAGCCGCCCAGCACGAUGGUAUGCAAGAGGGCUUCCUGCGCGAUGGGCGUCAGGCGCCGGAAGGUUAG